UACUGCAAGUGACAGGGUAAAAAGAAAUUGUCAGACAGGCUACCGUCCUAGCUAUGCCACUGCACACGUAGAACUUUUUCGGGUUUCCCGUACCAGUACUGUAUCUAUAAAUAGAAGUGUUCAACAAGUAGUAGAUCUACCUACUAGAGCAUAGAUCCGCUGUAUUCCGCCGGAAUUAAGCUAUGAACGUCAAAUAUUCUUUUGGAUGAGAGAACUUAUAAAUGUAUACAAAGUUCUUUAACUGUGAACUAUUACGAAAAUGGAAAAUUCUUUUGAAAGUGAAGAGGAGGACGAAGAAGCGGGAAUUUGUUACGAUUUCACCAAAAAGACAUGGCGGGAUGAUGUAACAUUUAUUGUGGAAGGACAGCACCUCCAUGCGACAAAGGCAAUAUUGGCCAUGGAAUCUCCCGUGUUUGAAGCUAUGUUUGGGACCAACUUCCGAGAACGGGACGAAAAAGAAGUGAAUUUGCCAGGUAAAAAGUAUGAAGACUUCAAAGAGUUUCUCCACUGCAUUUAUCCAAAAUCCAAGAAGAAGAUAGACAAAAGAAAUGUAUAUAAAGUCCUACCUUUGGCAGAUGAAUAUGAUGUGAAAUCUUUGAUCAAAGAAUGCAAGCGGUUCCUAAAUGCCCACCUAAUAAAUGACCGACCAUCAACACAAGAAGUGAUGUUUUGUCACGGAUUAGCAACACGGCAUAAAUUCCAGAGCCUCAGGAAAGUGUGUGCAACACGGCUGUCAGAUGUAGGACUGAAGGAAAUAGAAUCUACAGCAGCCGGUGUGAGUGACACGGAGACACUUCUACAAAUUCACAAGGAUAUUUUGAAACAGCAAGGUGAAACUUUGGAAGAGACGCGCACGGAACUGGUUAAGUUAUACCUGGACAAAAACUUACCAGAGCCGUUACAGCCUUCAAUGUCAGAAGUCAGAGGUUCAGUCAUAAAAUUCAAACCAAACAUAAAUUCUUUAGAUGAACAGGAGCCAAGAUUCAGUAAUUCAGUUACACUCUGGAAUAUCAGUUUCCGAGUUUACGUACAAGUGACCAAAAGAGUAGAUGAGAGAUGUCUGUCAUUGUAUAUGCAUCCCAGAUUUCCCAGAAAUAAUAAUUAUAGUUCAUGCUGUGUAAAUGCAAUUUUUUUUUUGAAAUGUACUGGUAGGGUAGGAAGACAGCCUUAUAAAAUAAGGAUGAACAACUGUGAGUUUUUGGAUGGAAAAGCAAGGGGAUAUGAGAAGUUAAUGACACUGACCAAUCUUGCUAAUGCAGGGUUUAUGGAAAAUGGGACAUUGGAUAUUGUUGUUUAUUUGUUGGCGAAAAAACCGUCUGUUAAAGACUAAAGGUUAACAGUUAAAGUACAAGGACUGAGGAGUUUGCACAAUAUACCUGUAUGGAUACGUACAAAUGUGGCACAAGAACAGAAUUGCCAACAUGAUUUAAUAGCAUGUGUUUAAUGUUCGUAGGACAAUUGAUUUGAAUUUCAUGUGAAAUUCAAAUUACAUUUCAUUUUGUAUUAUUAUAGUAUAACUUUAAUUAA